AUGCCCGGCCCGUUCCCUAUUACCCGCAGCGGGCCUGGUCCUGGCCCGCCCUUCCCGGGACCAGUAGCGGCCGCCUGCCCGCCCAUCCCGGGACCCGUGGCGGGCCCGGCGCCCGUCCCGGGACCUGUGGCGGACGCCUGCCCGCUCGUCCCGGAACCGCGGCAGCCCGGCCCGCCUGUCCCAGGACCAGUGGUAUGCCCCUGCCCACCCGUCCCAGGACCCACAGCAGGCCAGGCCAGCCCUUCCCAGGACCAGUGGCAGGCGCCUGCCGGCCCGUCCCCGGACCCGCGGCGAACACGGCCUACCCGUCCCAGGACCAGUAUCGGGCGCCUACCCGCCCAACCCGGGACCUGUGGCGGGCCCAGCCCACCCGUCUCGGGACCAGUGGCGGGCACCUACCCGCCCGCCCGUCCCGGGACCCACAGCGGGCCCAGCCCGCCCGUCCUGGGACCAGUAGCGGACCUGCCCGCCCGCACCCAUCCCAGGACCAGUGGCGGAUGCCUGCCCGCCCGCCCGUCCUGGUACCCGCAACGGUACCGGCCCGCCCGUCCCGGGACCAGUGGCGGACGCCUGCCCGCCCGUCCCGGUACCCGCGACGUACCGGCCCGGCCCGCCCGUCCAAGGGACCAGUGGCGAACGCCAUGCCCGCCCAUCCCAGACCCGUGGCAGGCCCGGCACGCCAAUCCCGGGACCAGUGGCGGGACCUGCCCCGACGUCCCAAGGACCUGCUUCGGGCCCAGCCCGCCAGUCCCAGGACCAGUGGCGGAAGCCUACCGCCCGACCCGGGACCCGCGGCGGGCCCGGCCCGCCCAUUCCGGGACCAGUGACGGAUGCCUGAACACCCAUCCUGGGACCCGCAGAAGGCCCGGCCCACCCGUCCCGGGACCAGUAGCGGACGCCUGCCAGCCCGUCCCGGGACCCGCGGCAACCCAGCCCGCCCAUCCCGGGACCAGUGGCAGACACCUGCCCGCCCGUCCCAGGACCUGCGGCGGGCCCAUACCGCCCGUCCCGGGAAAAGUGGCGGACACCUGCCCGCCCGUCCCGGGACCAGUGGCGGACACCUACCCGCCCAUCCUGUGA